AUGGGAGCAGCCGGCGGUUGGGUUUCAAAGGACGCCCUGGCAACGACGCCAAAGGAGGUCCUCAGAUUCAGGAUUUGGAUCACGGUCCUGUGGGCCUCGUGCUGCGGAGGCUUGCAUGGCGUCAAUACAGCGAACAUCUCCGGCAUCAUGAGCAUGAAGCCUUUCAAGGAAGAUUUCGGCACUGCGGAUAUGACGACUGACCAGGUUACAAAUUGGAGCGGUUGGGCUGUAUCAUCUAUGCUUCUGGGGCAACUCGUCGGAGUGCUCAUUUCAGGCCCAGUUGGAGAGCGAUGGGGACGCAAGGCAUGCAUUUGGAUCGCAGCCACGUCCUACCUCAUUGGAGCCAUCCUGAUGGCGGCGAACUUUGGCUCCCUCCCCGAACUCAUCGUCGGCCGCGUGCUUUCUGGUCUCGGUUCGGGCUUCGGCAUGACAAUCGGUGCCAUCUACAUCGCUGAGGUAGCACCCAAGGCUGUUCGUGGAGCCAUGUCGACUCUUUACAACGUCAAUAUCAUGUGCGGUGUGGCUGGUUCCUACUGGAUCAAUUACUGGGCAUUGCUACACCUCCCAAGCUCAUCACCUUGGCAGUGGCGCACACCCAUGAUCCUGCAAGUCAUUCCUGCCAUCUGUCUUUUCGCUGGACUUCUUGUCUUUCCGGAGACACCCCGAUAUCUGGCAAUGUGCGGUCGCCUUGAAGACACCAAGACGGCGCUGCUGAAUCUUCGCGGCAUUCCCGAGGAUCACCCCUACUUUGUAGAGGAGUACGAAGAGUUGGUCACCAAGGUCUACGCCGACCAAGAGGCCGAACGCGGCAUGAAAGCGUUCAAGACGCUCUUUGAGCUCUGCGGAACGGACGAGUCGAUCCGGAAGAGGCUCAUCUUCGUCAUGAUUAUCCAGACCUUGUUCAUCUUCUCUGGUGGCAACUCCAUCACCUACUAUGCCCCCACCAUCCUCAAGUCCAUGGGUCUCAACUCGGAGCAGAUCCUCCUGUUCACCGCCAUCUACGGCUGUGUCAAGGUCAUCUCGGUCCUUCUGUACGCAGUCUUCUUGUCCGACCGCUUCGGCCGCCGACCCCUCCUCCUCAUCGGCGCUACCCUCAACCUCUGCUGUCUCAUCUACCUAAGCGCUUUCCUGGGUUUGGCAGACACCGCCAACUCCGGUCCCACGGUUGCUUCCUGGUUUGCCAUCGUCGCCAUCUGCAUUUUCGCCGUCGGCUACGGUUUCGGCUGGGCUCCCGUCUUCUCCCUGACGACGUCGGAAAUCUGUCCCACGCGCUCCCGCGGCGCCAUCGUCACCGUGGCGUUCGGAUACCAGAACGUGCUCAACUUCCUCAUCUCCCGCUUCUUCCCGAACAUGACCGUCACAAUGCAUGCCUGGGGCCCCUUCGCGCUCUUCGCGGCCUUCACCGCCGUCGGCGUCGUGUGGGUGUGGCUGGCUUUCCCCGAGUGCAAGGGCAGGAGCAUGGAGACGAUGGAUCAGCUGUUCGUCAGGAAGUGGUGGCAGGUGGGCAGGCUACAGGGGAAGGAGAAGGGGCUGGGCGAGGCGAUGAUGGUGGCCGACGAGGAGGGAGAGAAGGAUCCGGAGAAGAUGGGGCCCGUGGCGAACCACGUGGAGAAGGUUUGA